AUGUCUACCACAGCCAAGCGACCAAAAGUCUUUGCAUAUGCCAAUUUUGAUCUUGAUGCUCUUAUUUCUCUUGCCGCAAGACUUCGAGGCCAAUCAUGCACCAUUGAUACGUCGACAAGACCUAGAGCUGGCAGUACCCACUGGGUCAUUUUCGUCGUUUUCGAGGAUGGUGUCGAAUGGGUCUUCAGGUCGCCUCGUUGUGGACCGAGCGCUAUCAUCACUGAGGAAUCUGCAUCUAAGUUACUCAUCAGCGAGGCUUCGACUUUGAAAUAUCUGAGAGGUCGGGGUUCGAUACUGGUACCAGAAGUCUUUUCGUUCAGUGGAGAUGGCAGGAAUGAAAUCGGAGUGCCAUACAUCCUCAUGAGCAAAGCUAGUGGCCGUCCAUUGUCGGAUUAUGACUGGAUUGAGCUGUCUCGAAUACAAGGUUAUACAAGCAGACGCCCACUUCUACCCAUGACGCACCGAGAUCGAGAAAAGGUAAUGGCGCAGUUAGGAGCCACUAUGUUACAACUCUUGGAUAUCCAUUUCGACAAGAUUGGCUCGCUAUUCCAAGACAGCAACGGCAACUAUUGCGUUGGUGAAUGCCUCAGUCCCUCUCUCCUUUGGCAACAUAGAGAUGAGCUAGAAGGCAUAGAUCGAGGUCCCUUCAACCAAGAGAGCCAAUAUCUUCGAUCCCUGAUUUCGGCAUUCAAUGCUCAUGCGGAGGAGCUUUCACUUACUCCCCACAGUUUCUUCGCUCCAAUCCCCAAUCCUUUCGAAUAUCCGAAUUGGGCAAGCUACUGUAAGGCUGUAGAAAGAUGGCAAAGUUUCUGUUCAAUUGGUGACAAGGUUGAGGGCAACAAGAAUCGACUUGACUUCUGUAUUGCCGGUCAGUUCUUGAACGAAAUGGUCCCUCACUUUGCCUCAGCGGAAGCAAGAUUUGUGCUCUGUCACCCAGACCUUCACCUAGGCAAUAUAUUUAUUGACGAGGACUUUAACAUAACAUGUAUCAUUGACUGGAGUUCAGCGUCAACGAGCCCUGUAGCAGAGUUGCUCUCAACCCCAGGACUCAAUGGCUCACUGUCACCGCCGAAUCAAUCCCUUGUGACAGCGUUCAGAUCAGGAUUUAGCAACCGUGGCCAAGUCCUGGGGCCCCAGCAAUGGGAGAGAGCUGACAAGAUGUGGUAUUUCUUGCGACUGGUUCGAAUGCUUUCCACACAAGACUAUACUCUCUUCAAGUCGUUGUUUGAACUUGUGUAUAAUGAGAAUGCAGAUAAUAUUCCUCGGCUCUUCCAUGAGAGGAGGAUGCAAGAGGCUGGCCAAGCCCAAUUUGCCAAGUUAUGCCAAGGCGAGUCUGAAGAGGAAGAAGACGAGCCAAUACAGAAAGUUGAUGAUAAUGGUCAAACGCAUAUCUCUGUCGAAGUCGUAGUUGCAAGAAAGGUUUCACUGAUGUGCGAAAUGAACUCCAACUUUGUUGCGGAUAAGAGACUGUGGCUAUGGAUUGAGAGCGUCUUGGAAACAUUGGAUAUAUAG